CGCGGGCAGGGGAAGGGAGGGGCGGGGCGGUCGCGCGGUCACGUGAUGUUUGGGUUGUCCCCGGCGCUGCCCGCACAAUUGCAGAUUGCACAGGAUUCUUGUCUGACGGGGAGAACAGAAUAAAAGCAGCUCUACAGGACCUUGUUUCCAAUAUAAGCCUUAAGAGAAAAUCUCCAUUCACCGCUGUGUAGAAAAUGUCUUAUGGUUCCAUUGAUGGGAGCGGAUUCGGAAGCCGGAACCCCUUUGGAGGCCCAUCGAGACAAGGAUAUCAACCCCUAGCCACCCAGAUCGAUCCCAACGAACUCCAGGAAUUGUUUCAGGAAACUUCAGCCAACAUCUUCCGAAUUAACUCCAAUGUGACUUCCUUGGAAAGAACCCUUAGAUCCCUUGGGACAUCGAAUGAUACGCAAGAGCUGCGAGAUGGACUGCAUGCAACCCAGCAAGAGACCAAUAAAACCAUUACUACCAGCACCAAAGCUAUCAAGCAGCUGUCUGAGAUUGUCAGAGGCUCAUCUAGGCAAGAGCGACUUCAGCUGGACAGGUUGAAUAACCAGCUGUCUGAUGCCAUCCAGCGAUAUGGAGCUGUGCAGAAGAAAAUAGCAGAGAAGUCCAAAGCUUUGCUUCCUACGGGGCAGAGAAGCAGCAAACAGAGUCCCAAGACCCCCUUCUCCGACCUGGCUGAUGAUGAGAAGAUUUUUAAUGGAGGAGAUGGCAUGUGGCAGAACCAGAGUCAGGAUCAAGCCCUGCUCUCGGAAAUCACAGAAGAGGACCUGGAGGCCAUCCGUCUGCGGGAAGAAGCCAUUCAGCAGAUUGAGAGUGACAUGUUGGACGUCAACCAGAUCAUUAAAGACCUGGCCUCUAUGGUUUAUGAACAAGGAGACACAAUAGAUAGUAUUGAAGCCAACAUUGAGACUGCAUCUUCUAAUGUAGAAUCAGCCAAUCAGCAGUUGGCUAAAGCCAGUCAGCACCAACAACGAGCCAGGAAGAUGAAGUGCUGCCUUCUCUCUGUCGGGAUGGCCGUUCUGCUGGUUGUUGUCGUAAUUAUUGCAGUCUCAGUCAAACACUGAUCCCGCUGAGAUUUCUACAGAGCACCUGAUCUCACCAUGAAGUGGAACAGACUCUGAAGAUACUUCACAUUCAGGCCAUAUAUCAAUUUCGGCUUUACUUGAUAUGUGAUAUUAAAACUGCUGUAACCAAUAAAGACUGUAAUUGUAUGAAAGCAAAGCUAGGUUUUGUAACAUAUAUUAGUGAUCAUGAAUGUUUUUUUUUCCUUUACCUCCUUCACUGAAGACACACACUGUAUUUGAUCUUGUGUUAUGGAUUUUACUUGUCCUGUGUAUCUGGGGAAUGUUAUUUCAUUGCUGCUGAAGCUUGGUGUUUAGAGUGCUUGAAUAUGUAUAACUGAGAGUUCAGCUUUAUAGUUUUUUUCUUUCAACAUGUUCCUGAUCGCUAAUUUUGUUCUUUUAAAGCCAUGAAAGUCAAUGUGUUUUGUUGGUUUCUUUUUUUACAGGGUUUAAAAAUAAUCUCGUACAGGCAGAGGAAAUUCACGUACAGUAAACUGCUACUUCAGAAAUUGCUCUUCUGGGCAAAACACGAAGACAUUUUAGGAUUACGCAUAUUAUUAGCAUACAGAUCAGUUGGCUGUUUAGUUGAUGCAGGGGUUCUCUGUUUGGAAGAGAACUAUGUUAAGGUACCAUUUAGUUGGUGCCAGCUGUGUCCACAUGGGGCAGCUAGGGCACAACACUUUGGUGCGCUGUGCAGCUCACACCCAUGUCAUCUGCACUGUAGCAUGGUGUAAACAUAGCCUUAGACUCUCAGCUCUACAUACACAAAACAACACCUCUCAAAGGCCCUGUUUAUUUAUUUUGGGGACACAGCAAUGGAAGAUCAGAAAAUAAGAUCAGUUAUUUCACUAGGAGGGUGGUGAAGCACGGGAAUGCGUUACCUAAGGAGGUGAUGGAAUCUCCAUCCUUAGAGGUUUUUAAGGCCCGGCUUGACAAAGCCUGGCUGGGAUGAUUUAGUUGGGGGCUGGUCCUGCUUUGAGCAGGGGCUUGGAUUAGAUGACCUCCUGAGGUCUCUUCCAACCCUCAUCUUCUAUGAUUAAGCCCUGCCAUACCUCGCUGGCAGGAAGUAUAUAACUAGAGCUGAUUUAAAAACAAACAAACUGGAAAAGAAGCUCAUAUAAUUGCAAAUUGUAUUGAACGUGUAAUUGAAAUAAAUGUUUAAAUGUUUCAUUUACUGAAAACCCAGUUUCCGUUAAGAAAAUGUAGUUUUCAGUAAAUGAAAAAGGUUGAUAAUUAUUUUGAUUAAAAUUUCAGUAAAAGAUGUGGACAGUUUUCUGAGAAAUGGAAAUAGCACCAAUUUUUCAUGAAAAAUUGCAUUUUUUAAAAGAGGCCAUUUUUUGGCAAGAAACAAACACAAACAAAAACCUUUUCAUGUGAAAAAUGUUGACCACCUCAAUACAUUACCUAUCUCUGAGCACUACGGAAGUUAAAAAACCUGCAGCAAACCGGAUCCGAAGUCGCUGCAUUGACAUCCGUAGAGCUAUGCCAGUUCACACGAGCUGAGGAUCAGGUUGUUAAGAAUGGCUUGAUCAUGCACCAUUGUCUCGGUGGAAGCUUUGGCAUUGACUUGGCUUGAUCCUGAGAGGUGCUGAAAUCAAUGGUGCGUAGCACUGCUUAAGGGUAAAAAAGCCUAAAUACUAAUAGAAUCAGAGAAAUUCGGUUUGGCAAAAGACCUAUGCCAUCAUUGAAUAGUAUAUCUCCCAAACUAGCAACUAAAUUAUUAGUUAUAUACAUAGGUAAUAUGUAGAAGUUACAAUUAAAGCAUUGGAUGAAUGGAAAUUUACAUAUUUUCAAGUGAAUUUAGUCCUGGCAAAAGACACAAAAUUUGGUGCCUACUCUUCUGUCUUUAUAUCUGGUCCUGGGGUUAUCACCUCUGGUGUGGGUGUGCAGCUCAGUAUCCCUCUGCAAUUCAGGCCCUGAGCUCAGACUACCAGCAAGUUUGCCCAGUCACAUCAGGGGUGGUAGUGGCUUGUUGUGAUCUGCAUGACACCUGUCCUGGAUUGAGACCAUCAAACAGCUGUUAGAUAGUAAUCGUUUUUGGUUACUAGAGCCUGAGGGCCUUUUAGCCAGUGACCCAGAGAUGAAAGACUGUGUUUGAAAUCCCUUAGCCGUUUACUAAUCCUCAAUGGGAGCUACGUUAGUAAUGUACCAUCUAUUGACAAUGAGAAAACAUAUUUUAGAAAUAAUGAUUCUGUGAAAUUGCUAUAAACAAAUGUAUUCACUUCGAA